AUGUCAUAUUUAAUGAAAGGAUUUCAAUAUCACAGUCCCGCGAUGUGCAAAGUAGCAGGAAACCUGUUUAAAGCACACACAUUAAAGAACACAUUAGUCAUCAAUGAACAACAAUUCAAAAUUUCACGCGCCUCAUCUCAACUGAGCUCCGAAAAGGCAAACUCUUACAAUUACAUCAUUGUAGGAGCUGGGUCAGCAGGCUGCGUGUUGGCCAACAGGCUGACAGAAGACCCGCAGAGCACCGUGCUGCUGUUGGAAGCAGGUCCCAAGGAUACCCUGCUGGGCAGUAAAAGGCUGAUGUGGAAGAUUCACAUGCCCGCUGCGUUAACGUACAACCUGUGCGACGAGAAAUACAACUGGUACUACCACACCGCGGCGCAGAGGCACAUGGACCACCGAGUCAUGUACUGGCCCCGGGGCAGGGUGUGGGGAGGCUCCUCCUCGCUCAAUGCCAUGGUCUACAUCCGCGGGCACGCCGAGGAUUACAACCGCUGGAGCAGGGAGGGGGCUCUGGGCUGGGACUACGAGCGCUGCCUGCCCUACUUUAAGAAGGCGCAGACACACGAGCUGGGGCCGGAUCAGUACAGAGGUGGGAAUGGGCCGCUGCGCGUGUCAAGAGGGAAAACGAACCAUCCUCUCCAUCGGGCAUUCCUGGAGGCAGCCCAGCAGGCUGGGUAUCCCUUUACAGAUGACAUGAACGGCUAUCAGCAGGAGGGCUUUGGCUGGAUGGACAUGACUAUACACCGAGGUCAAAGAUGGAGCACAGCUAGUGCUUACCUUCGCCCAGCCAUAUCACGCCCAAAUUUCUCAGUUGCAGAGAAGACACUUGUAACAAAAAUCUUGUUCCAAGGAACAAAAUGCAUUGGUGUUGAGUAUGUGAAAAAUGGGCAAAGGAAAAAGGUUUUUGCCAAUAAGGAAGUUAUUUUAAGUGGAGGUGCCAUAAAUUCUCCCCAGCUGCUUAUGUUGUCUGGUAUUGGAAAUGCAGAUGAUCUAAAAAAACUGGGGAUCCCUGUUGUUUGCCAUCUUCCUGGAGUAGGCCAGAACCUUCAGGACCAUUUAGAAAUCUAUGUCCAGCAAAAGUGCACCAAACCUAUUACUCUAUACACUGCACAAAAGCCACUUAACAUGGUGAGGAUUGGUCUCGAAUGGCUUUGGAAAUUUACAGGUGAGGGAGCCACUGCCCACUUGGAAUCUGGUGGUUUCAUCCGAAGUGAACCUGGGGUUCCUCACCCCGACAUUCAGUUCCACUUUCUUCCCUCUCAGGUGAUUGACCAUGGUCGGGUUGCUUCCACAACAGAAGCUUACCAGGUCCAUGUGGGACCCAUGAGGAGCACAAGUGUGGGCUGGCUGAAGCUGAAGAGUUCAGACCCAAAUGACCACCCCAUCAUUGAGCCCAACUACCUGUCAACAGAAAGAGAUAUUUGGGAAUUCCGCCAGUGUGUCAAGUUGACCAGAGAGAUCUUUGCUCAGAAAGCUUUUGAAAAAUUUCGUGGACCUGAAAUUCAACCAGGAAAUCAUGUUCAGUCUGACAAAGAAAUAGAUGCUUUCAUAAGGCAGAAGGCUGAUAGUGCUUAUCAUCCUUCCUGCACCUGUAAAAUGGGUCAGCCUUCAGACAGCACUGCUGUAGUGGAUCCCCAAACAAAAGUAAUUGGUGUUGAAAACUUGAGAGUAGUUGAUGCUUCAAUAAUGCCCAGUGUUGUCACUGGAAACUUGAAUGCUCCAACUAUCAUGAUAGCAGAGAAAGCUGCAGAUAUAAUUAAGGGCCUCCCAUCACUUCAGGAGAAAAAUGUUCCUGUAUACCAGCCCAAGACCUUGGAAACACAGAGAUAA